UUUCUCCACACAAAUUUAAAAGCGUGGUAGUUUCUGUUUUAACUCCAGAGACAAAACAUCAGAGGAGAGGACGCGGAAAGUGGAUUUAUGUUUUAUUUAUGAACAUUUUACAACAAUUUAUAGCAUCAACUCUGUCAAUAUAAGAGGAGAAGUUGUGAGUGUGACAUUUAGUAGUUAGCAGCGGUUUGUGUUGCUAAUAUCAAGAUGCCGUCUCGAGUUAGCGAUUACGAGGUGCUGUACACCAUUGGUUCUGGUUCCUAUGGAAAAUGCCAGAAAAUAAGACGAAAAUCUGAUGGGAAAGUGCUGGUGUGGAAGGAGCUGGACUAUGGCACAAUGGCUGAGAGUGAGAAGCAGAUGUUGGUGUCAGAGGUCAACCUCCUUAGGGAGCUGAAGCAUCCCAACAUUGUAAGAUACUACGAUCGCAUCAUCGACCGCACCAACACCACCCUGUACAUCGUCAUGGAGUACUGCCAAGGCGGAGACCUGGCCAGCCUCGUCGCCCGAUGCAUCAGGGAAAGACGUUAUUUGGAGGAGACGUUCAUCCUGCGUGUCAUGGCCCAGCUGAUGUUGGCAUUGAAGGAGUGCCACAGGCGCAGUGACGGCAGACCCACCGUCCUCCACCGGGACCUGAAACCGGCCAACAUCUUCCUGGACGUUAAGCAGAACGUGAAAUUGGGCGACUUUGGCCUGGCCCGGAUCCUCAACCAUGACACCAGCUUUGCGAAGACGUUCGUCGGGACGCCCUACUAUAUGUCUCCUGAACAAAUGAACCAGAUGUCGUACAAUGAAAAGUCGGACAUCUGGUCUCUGGGGUGUUUGCUGUAUGAGCUGUGUGCACUAUCACCACCCUUUACCGCCUGUAACCAAAAAGAGCUUGCAGUGAAGAUCCGAGAAGGGAAGUUCUCCAGAAUCCCAUUUCGAUACUCGGAAGAAUUAAACACCUUGCUCAAGAGAAUGCUCAACUUGAAGGACUAUCUGAGGCCAUCUGUGGAGUCCAUCCUCCAGAGCAGCCUGCUGAAGGAAGCCGUCGGUGAAGAACAGAGGAAGCACCAGAGGAGAAAGUCAGCAGACUCUGACUGUCCUCCUGGAAAGCCUGCAGAAGCGCCGUCACCUUCUGCCAACACAGCAGCGGAGCUCAAGCUCAGAGAGCAGGCACUCAAAGAGCGAGAAAAGGCGCUGAAAGAACGCGAGGAGAUGCUGGAGAGAAGAGAACGUGAGAUGUGUGUCCGUGAACGACUGGCAGAUGAGAAACUAUUGAGGGCUGAGAAUUUACUGAGACAUUUCCAUCUCCAACACAAGCGGGAGCAGACCCCCCGUUAUGGCAAAGACAUAGGUGUGGGGGAGAUUUGCUCACCUGGCAAGAAGGUCCACUUUGCUGGGGCUGGCAAGGAGAACCAUCAGCCUAAUCGCUCUGUGAGUGUGAGGCCACAGGAGGACAUUAUCAGUCGACAUGCUGAAAUCCUAAAUGAAGUGGAAAGAGCCUGUCAGCUUCUUGGCUUCCGCAUCUGACAGCUGUGUUGUCACGCCAUGAAAAUAUUAGCAAAGUGUUGAUCAAUGUGUGUAAAUUAA